AUGUCCCUCCCCAACGGCCAACACGCAUGGCAACCGCCCUCACUCCAUCAUCAGACUUCCAGCCGUCUGUUCCAUCAACUUGACGAUGGUUCUGCGCGAAAUGGAACCCCCGUCGACCACUCCAUGGCUUUGAUGCCUGAGGCACAACCCGAUAUUGAAGAUGACCGACGCCGCGCCUUGUUCAAGGAUCUCUAUCAUCAGCGCGAGGCAAAGAUCUCGCUGCUCUUUGCUGAUGACGGCUCCUACAAUUACCCAAACAUCGAUGCCCUCCGCCGCCCCAUCGCCCCCUCCCCCUCCAUCUUACCCCCUGCCACAGACCAUACGCCGAUCCAGGAGCCUCCAUUAAAGAAGGCCAAGCGGGUCAUCGACGAAGACGACUACGGCGAUGACGAUGACGAAGAAGAUGAAGACGCGACUUCCGACGACGCGAACAAGCACAAGUCCGGAGCCGCGGCCGCCGGCGCCGGCUCGCUGCUCUCCCCCUCAAAGUCCGGCAGUUCGCCCGUGCACUCCGUCAGUUCCCCCGGCAAGCAGCUCGAUAGACUCAAGCAAGCCGACGCCUCCUCCCAAGACUCCUCGACAAAGGCGAGCGAAGAUGCGCGCAAGCAGUUGCAAGAGGCGCGCAACGCGACCGAGGAGGCGGCGAGACGGAGUUUCCACACCAUAUUUCACACCCUCGAGAACGACCGGACUGCUAUGCUGGAGCAGCAGCAGCUGGAAGAGUCCGAAAAGCAGCUGCAGGCGGAGAUGGAACAUAACAAUAACCACGCUACCGCCAACGGCGGCCAGGCCGAAAACCACGGCUCCCUCAGCAGCGCCAACCUCGGCGCGUCAAGUCUGACACUCAAGCAUCUGAUUGCAAGGAUAGACAUGAAACGCGACCAAGUUCGCGCGUCGGACGCGGAGCUGCGAUCGUUGAUGAACGAAGUACGAAAGAACCGAAGUAAAUGGGCCAGCGAGGAGAACGUCAACCAGGAAGAGUUGUACGAGGCCCUCGAGAAAGUCCUGACGGAGCUGAAGGCACAUACGGAAUACUCAACACCCUUCCUGCAGAGGGUGAACAAGCGCGAUGCGCCCGAUUACUACAUACUCAUCAAACAGCCUAUGGACCUCGGGACCAUGACCAAGAAGCUCAAGUCUCUCACCUACAAGUCCAAGGCCGAUUUCGUCACCGACCUCAACCUAAUAUGGGACAACUGCCUAAGAUACAACCAGGACAUGGCCCACCCCCUCCGGCGCAUGGCCAAUGGGAUGAGGAAGGAGGCAGAAAAGCUUAUCCCCCUCAUCCCGGACCUCACCAUCAGGCCACGGGCAGAAGUCGAGGCUGAAGAGCGGCGUAAACAGAAUGGCGGCGAGGAGGACGGCGGUGACGACUCGGACGACGAGCCGAUAAUGUCAUCUCGCGGUCGUACCGCAGGCACAAAGGGCAGCAAGUCGAGGAAACAACCGACUGACCAGAAGGAAGGCACCCCGAGCGUCGAUCAAAAGCCGUUGCUCCAACUCAACGGCCUGCUUGCCAAGGGACGGGAAGGGUCCGAGGCUGUCGAUGGCAGUGGUUUCGGGACGCCGAUAGCGGGGUCAGCUACCCCUGGUGGUGUGAACGGUCAUUCCGGGAUCGGGAGCAACGCUGAUGCCAUGGACAUCGACGGGCCGACAUUGAACGGCAUGGCUCUUGGUCAGGCACUCAACGACGCGGCAGAACAGGCUUUCGAGGACGAGGAGUACAAGAUCUGGAAGCAAAUCACCAAGAAAGAUCGUGCGCUCAUCGCCAAAGAGAGGGAUACUCUGUUCAAGGACAACAAGCUCAACGUCGAUGCGCCAGCUCUCCUUCGGACCAAGGCGGGGAUUCGAUGGUAUCUGAGGAACCAGAAAGAGGCCGAGUCCCUCGGUGUCAUCGGCCACUCUGCUGACUCUUCAGCCAUGGCCGCAAAGGAAGCAGCGAAGCCUGCCGAGACACUGGCGGAGGGCAUGGAGGGCGAAGAAGAGAAGGUCGUACCUCCGUACUACGAGCCUCUGACCGUCAUUCCCGAUAUUCAACCCAAACUACAGUGGAUCGAGGACGGCGAGGGUCACGUCAUCAACCAACACGAGGAAUACCUUCGACUCAUCCCUGAAGGGCACUUCGUCGCACCGAAGAGCAAGUUGACGAGCAAGAUCGACGCCAACAUUCGUCAAAUCCAGGAAACAAGGAAGUUAUCGAGCAAGAUCGGCGUGAUUAAGCAGAUGCAGAUCCAGACUCAGCUAUACAACAACCAGUUUCCGAAGUCGAACUACGAGGCAUUCGUAGAGCAAGACGCCGAGCCCUCCUUCAUUGCAGACGACGGGCCCGUCAUUGCCCCAGAGACUUGCCAAAGCGCACUGCAGCGUUCCGUGGCCAAGAUUCUCUACCACACUGGCUUCGAAGAACUCCAGCCGUCUGCUAUUGACACAUUGACCAGCAUCGCAUCUGACUACUUCGAGAAGCUCAUUCACACAUUCAAUGUGUACAGAGAAGCUGAGAAGAAGGAGACUGUCGGCGUCGCUGCCCAAAGCUCCCGGUUCCAGCCUCGGUUCACUCCCGAAGAGGUCAUUCUGCACACGCUCGACGAGAAUGGCUCCGACUUGUUCAGUCUCGAAUCGUACGCCAAGGACGAGGUCGAUAGGCUCAGCUCGAAGCUCGGCGGUAUACAGGAGCGCAUGAAGCUGCAUCUUACUGAGCUUCUUCGCCCUGCACUCACCCAAGAAGCCGGCCAAGACGGCGUUGGUGCGUUCAAGGAUGGCAGCGACCAGUUCGUUAGUGGCGACUUCGCAGAGGACCUUGGCGAAGAUUUCUUCGGGUUCAAGGCACUCGGUCUGGACAAGGAAAUGGGUCUUGAUAUGCUCUCGGUUCCUCUUCACUUGCUCCAGUCUCGCGUACGCAACCAGUACCAGAUGCAGACCCAGACGGCCGGCGUCGAGGUCACAGAUCUCUUCGACUCGUUACCGCCCGUGGACCCUGUCACGACGGACAACAUUCAUGGCCAGAUCGGCCUGGUCAAGAACUUCUUCCUUGCCAAGCUGCACGCUAACGGCGACACUCCGCUGGUCGAAGACGAAGAGCUGCCUGUCAAACAGAGAAGGCCCCGCCCACGUCUCGGCGCAUCCGGAAAGAUCGUCUCCCCGCAGAAGAGACCUCCCAAAGAACAAAUCGCCCUCGCCAAGAAGAAGAAGAAGAUGGAAUUGGCGGCUCAGUCUCAAGAAAAGCAGGGUGUCAACGCAUCUCCGGAAAAGCCUGGCAAUACCACGCCGGCGAAGAAGGCCAAGAAUGUCAACAUCAACGGUGCAGGCCCCAACCCGACCGCGAUCUCCCUUCCUCCCGGGAUGGAGCGGAACGAGAGCGUGCAGAGCCAGGGCAAUGCCAGUCAGACCGACAAGGAUGAGGGCAUGGGCAUGAUGAGCCCCGAGAGCAUUGAGAGGUGA